UAAGUCGGACGAUCAAUGAGUAGAGCUCGGAUGAAAGGGGCGGGGGGGUGCAUCGAUAAGACGCUGUUGUCCAAAAUUCUAGACUCCAGGCCCUGAAUCUCCGAUUUAGUUUCAAACCCGGCCACGGCGUCACCAUCUCAACCGUACCGUCUGGGCAGUCUGGAGCGUAAGGUCAUGAGAUGAGUGCGGAGAUCAGAUGUGUCAACUCCGUGGACAUUCCCUCUGCACGAAAGACUUUGGACGACUUCACUCAUCUCGACCAGGUGAACCAGGAAAGACAAAUAAAUGGAGGGGAGUAGUACGUACUGCAUCGCCCCACCACACAUCCAGCUCACAUCCAGCUUGCAUCUAUCCAUCCAUCCACCCAUCCAAAACCCAAUUGCAAUGCCCGGCCAGCAUCCAAGACCCCCCGUAUCCUACAGCCACUUCGCUUCCAACCCCACCAUCAGCUGCACAAGCCUUCUCGGUUCGACACGGCUGCAGCCGGGGGGGGGGGGGGGGCAAAGGCUACCUUCCACGCCUGUAUCUAAUGCAAAUGGGAAAGCUAGCUAACUACUCCAUAGUAGCUGAUGGUAGCUGGGUAGAACCUUGAGCCUAACUGCCGAUAGGGCAGAGGCACCGAGAUCCCAAUCGGCGACGGUUUUCGGUGUGAACGGACCGCGGGUAACAGUAAAAGAAUGAACGAAGAAG